AUGCUUGUUACUCACAAUCUGUCAUUAAAAGCGGUUGUCGUGGCUGUCACACUCAUACAAAGCCCUAGCGAGCGAGGUUCGCAUCUUGCUAGCAGAGGUAGGAAAGUAGAGAUGAGCGCAGGCAGCUUCAGUUGUACGCAUCCACCUUUAUCUGCUCAAUGUACGCAGCUGACUGCCAACGCGAACAGCGAAAUUGCCGAGCUUACGGCCGUAAAAUCCAAACAUGGUCCCCAGGAGCCGCCUUCGCCUUCGCCACCACCUCCACCACCUCCAGCUUCCCCUCCUCCAGAAGAAGGCUUAACCGGCCCCACUCGCCCAGCCUGGAGGGUCGUCUACAAACCACAAAGGCGAGAAAAACCAACUCCCAAGGGUUUUCCUGCUCCGACUGUCGUUCCUGCGAUCGAACAUCUAAAGCCAAAUCUGCCCACAUGGGCAAAAUGGAGGCUAAAUCCUGCGCACAUACCAGCAUCAAUGCCUGCGCCUUUUUCGCCCAGGCCUGUGAUGCUGGCUGCACGUCUCGGUCUUUUCGAUACGUCCCUUGGAGUAAACACCCCACGCUCUAACGAAACAAUGCCUCGUGGGGGCUCGCUACGGAUUCAAGCAGAGCUUGAAGAUACCGAACCUACGGACUGCGAAAUUUUCGAAUCACCGUACCCUGUGUAUACCGGUGUAGCACUCGGUAGCAUUGGCCCGCAGGCAUUGCAUUCCCCUUUUGAUCCCUUCAAACUACCACGCUCAGGCGAGUACAUGCACCUUUCAGGGUGCAACCAAAUGCCUUACCUGAAGUGGUUGGUUCUGUCAGAGCUCCUUUGGUUCUUUCGAGAUGCUUUUGCAGCUUUCCACCAACCUCAAAACUUCUCAGUAAUGUGA